AUGGAUAUUCCUGUUUAUUCAGUGCCUUCACUGGUUGCAUAUUGUAUCGAUGUAUUAAUUGAGCAGUUAAGCUCGCAUGUCGAUCAGCCUAACGGCAGUGGAUUUCAAUUUCCUCUCUAUCCCACCUUGUCGUUACCACCCGAAAUUGGCGACGCAAUGAUCAAAAGGCUUAAUGCUCGUCAUCUUCUCAAUGAAGCUUGGCUUUCUUUAUUUCGCAGUGGUAGCCACAAUCAAAUGCGUCGUUUAUGUGCUCGUCGAAGUAAAAUUAGCAAUAAAGGAUUAUCAUAUUUAGCCAAUCAAGAAUUACAAGAGAUUGAUGUAUCAGAAAAUGAUCAUAUUACCGAAUAUGUGUUGUAUUUAUUCGAGAGUAAAAGUGCUUCAACGUUGCGCCAUUUAAAUAUCAAUCAUUGUACAUCCAUUAAUCAUUUUCGUUGUGUCGUCAAUUUUCAUGCAUUGCGAUCAUUAGAUGCUAGCUAUACUAAAAUUGAUAGCAAUGUAUUGGAUGUAGGAAGACGCUUACGUCAUCUUAAAGCCAUUAAUUUAUCCGGUUUACAAUUGAAGUCAUUGAAAGGUCUAGAAGUGCUAGCCGAUACCUUGGAGUGCUUACUCUUGUUCGAUAGUUUAGGCACUGAUUUUAUUUUAAAGACAGUAUUAAGAUUGAAAAAUUUGCGCAAAUUGGACAUCUCAUGUUCACCAAUGAAUGGUUAUGAACAUAUGAGGCAAUAUGGAUAUAUAGAAGAUGAAUUAUUCCAUGAAUUAACCAAGUUAGAAGCUCUCGAUUUAUCGGGCAUGCAAUUAUGUCGAAAAAAUUUCGAAGUUUUAUUAAGUGUCAAGCCAAAGUUAGAAUUCUUAGGCUUGAUGUUUGUCGAUUAUCAUAAUUUUCCUGGAUUAUCUCAGCUUGCUCAAUAUACUACCGGAGAGCAAGAUGAACAUCAAAUCGUAUUGGUCUUAAAAUUAUAUAAAAAUCGCCGUCAGUAUGUUGACUCUGCUUUAAGACGACUAUUCGAAAUUGCCAGGCAUUCUAACCUAUCCAAUAAUGAUGAAGCUUUAGAGGCUGUCUGUCAAUGUAUGUUAACAUAUCCUGAUGAUUACAGUAUCCAAAGCGCUGGAAGUGCUUCAAUCUAUCAUUUCACUAAAGACUCAGCGUCUCCAACUCAAAGCAUCGACUUAAGAAGAAUGGCAGUAUCAGCAUUGUUGGUGGCUAUGGAACAUCAUCACUCACAAUCUACACGAAUUCAGUUGCAAAAGAAUACUUGCGUCUCAUUAUGCAACUUUAGAAUUCCUAUAGAAGUUACAUUUGUAUAUGAAAGAUUGGCUAAAGUCUUGGUUGGAUACAUGACUAAUAGUUUGGACGAUUUCGUUCAGAGAAUUUCCCUACAACUUUGUAAUUCAUUAGUUUGUCAGGUAUCUGGUGAAAGCAAGGAAUAUUUUGGUUCUUUAAAUUUCAUCGAACUGUUACUUGGAAUUAUUUCUGCUAGAUUACAAGAAAGAUCGGCCUUGGACGAAGAAGACCUUAGAAGGAGUACUCAUGCUGUGCAUGUGGCCUGGAGUGCAAUGUGGAACGUAACUGAUGAGACACCUGAAAAUUGUGAAAGGUUUUUAAAAAACGAUGGGGUUGAUGUCUUUUUACAAUGUUUCCAAUUUUUACAUGGUGAUAAAACGUUAAUAGUAAAUAUGCUUGGAUUGUUGGGUAAUGUUGCGGAAGUGAAAUCCUUACGCUUUUACCUGAUGCGUGAAGACUGUAUGAGAAUGUUCCGAUCUUUACUACGAGAAAGUGAAUUAGAAAUAGGCUAUAAUUCAGCAGGUAUUUUGGCUCAUUUAGCAUCCGAUGGAGAGGAUGCGUGGACUGUUAGCGAAACGUUACGUGAAGAGACUUUAAAUGAAAUUGUGAGCGAUUCAAUCCAUUGA